AUGCCACCCCGUGGGACUGCAAAAACUACCCGUGGCAAAGGCCUUCUAAUUGAGCGCAAAGCCAUUUUCUCACCCGCUGUACCUCAAGUAGUGAAAGAUUUCAACUUUCAUAGCUCCGAGCUCGCAACUCUCGUUGUCUCCGUUGAUGUCCUGGGCUUCGCGUUCGGGUCACUCGUGAUGGCACCGCUGUCGGAAGUGUACGGCCGUGCGAAUAUCUACCACGUCUGCGAUGCCGGUUCCAUCGUAUCCACCAUUCUAUUAUGUGGUGUCGCUCCGAACAUGUCAUCCCUGAUCGUCUUCCGUCUCUGCAGCGGCAUGUUUGGAGCCUUGUUUUCCACGAUUGGAGGUGGUUGCAUCGCCGACAUGGUUAGGCAGGGGAAGCGGGCAGGUGUCAUGGCUCUGUGCGGGUUUGUAAAUCUCCUUGGGCCCAUUGCUGGGCCUUUCAUCGGCGUUUACAUCAACGCCUCGUGGGGUUGGCGUUGGACACAACUUGAAUACGUUGUGGCCAUUGCUGCUGGUGUCCCUGCCAUCCUGAUGGUUUUCACCUUUCAGGAGAGCUACCACCCAGUGCUCCUCGAGCGGCGGCAUAAAAGCUUCGGAAAGAGACAGGCAACUUGUCUCUCAAAUCCAAGUACGACUCCGGCUUAUCCCGGAUAA